UUGGAGCCUGGGGGGUGUUUUCCAGCUGGGCUCCACAGCCAUCGGGAUCCAGACGUCGGAGGGAGUGUGCCUGGCCGUGGAGAAGAGGAUCACCUCCCCCCUCAUGGAGCCCAGCAGCAUCGAGAAGAUCGUGGAGAUCGACUCCCACAUCGGCUGUGCCAUGAGUGGCCUGAUCGCCGAUGCCAAGACCUUGAUUGACAAGGCCCGAGUGGAGACUCAGAACCACUGGUUCACCUACAACGAGACGAUGACGGUGGAGAGCGUCACCCAGGCCGUGUCCAACCUGGCCCUGCAGUUUGGGGAGGAAGAUGCCGAUCCCGGAGCCAUGUCCCGCCCCUUCGGCGUCGCGCUGCUCUUCGGAGGAGUGGAUGAGAAGGGCCCCCAGCUGUUCCACAUGGAUCCCUCGGGAACGUUCGUGCAGUGCGACGCCAGAGCCAUCGGCUCGGCCUCCGAGGGCGCCCAGAGCUCCCUGCAGGAGGUUUAUCACAAGGUAAGGAAUGGCUCUGGGAUUGGGAAGCGCAUCCCAGGGAUUUGAGGAACCCCAGCACCU